AUGUUGUGUGUGGUUCUACAACUCAUUGUAUUAGCGCGAUCCGACCAAUUCAAGGAAUUUCUCAAAGAGAAUAAUAUUGUGUACACAACCCCUUCUGAACUACUGCGGCGUCGUUUAAUCUUCGAACAAAGUCUUCGUGAAAUUGAAGAAUUUAACAAAUCUCCACACACGUUUCAAAUCGGCAUCACACAAUUUUCGGACCAAACCAACGAAGAGUUCCAAAAUCAGUUUUCUUUAACAAUGGAUAGACAAGACGAGUUUUCGUUGGGUGAAUUUUCGAUGGAUUCCGACGAAGACGUUGACAAUUCCAACACCGAUGCCACUUACAUCGAAUACAAUUUAGAACAAGACGAGGAAAUAUAUGGCAAAGAGAUGCGUCGCAAAGUUCGUGGGAAGCGUUACAGAGGUGUGCGCUUCAUGCGGAAGGUGUAUGUCCCCAAGAAAUACCGAAUAGGGAGGAAAUGGAAAUUCAGUGCGAAGAAAGACAAAGUGACUGAGCUUCCCGAAGGGCUUGAUUUUCGCAAGUUCAACAAAUUGACGUAUGUGAGAGAACAAACGGGAUGUGGCGGGUGUUGGUCCUUUGCGUCGAUUGCUGCGGUUGAAGCCCAGUACUUGAUUAAUUACAACAUUACAAUAGAAGAUGUUGGACGUCAGUGGGCAUUGAGUGAACAAGAGUUGUUAGAUUGUUGUAUAGAGAACAAUGGAUGUGAGGGUGGCAGCAUGGAACGAGCAUUUCGAUGUAUUAACCGUACCAAGGGUGUCAUGCCUCGCAGUCGCUAUCCCUAUGAAGCGGAGACACAAGACUGUAAAGAAUUUAACAACGAGUAUAAAGAAGUUACUGUUGGGGGAUAUGCACUUGUACCGCGUGGUAACUCAAGAGCAGUGAUGUCAGCGCUUCACAAAUUUGGAGUGUUGGGGAUCGGGGUAGAUACACGAAGUAAGUUGUUUAAGCAUUACCGUGGUGGCGUGUAUUUUAAUGAAGAUUGUACCCGACGUGGACUGAGUCAUGCGAUGAAUUUGGUUGGGUAUGGCACAACAAAGGAUGGACAGAAGUUUUAUAUCAUCCGUAAUAGUUGGGGAGAUUGGAAGUGGGGAGAAGAUGGGUAUAUGAGGAUAUUUAGAGGAAACAAUCACUGUGGUGUAGAAACGAAUUGUUUCUUCCCAUUAUUUGUUCGCAAGGUUGGGGAUAACCCGAAGCCGAUGAAUUACACGGAAAAGAUGAUAAAAGAUCUUGUCCAAAGGAGCAGAAACGGAUGGUUGCAUUAA